AUGGGUUGGUCGACGACACCGGGCGACGGGGGUCUGUUUUGGCGACAGAAGCCGCUUGACAUCGACCUCACAACGCCGGGACAGAAUCGAGAACCCUCCGCUGCGACACAAGAACAAAAAGAAGUUUGUGAAGAAGACGAAGAACCGGCGGAGUUGAACUCGUGCCCGGACAGGGGUGGCGACUUGACCGGUCCAGGCGCGGCACGUUCGGCAGAGGAGGACGGGAUGCCGGAGUGGUCGCACACAAGCCUCUCUGUCUCCAGACAACCCGCACGUUCCGGGAGGGGCCAGACAAAGCGAGCCCCCGGGUGGGGGCCUUCUGCCGGGCGGUACUCCAAAGUUGGAGGGGUGAGCAGGCUCCGGCUUGCACUGCAAGGAGGCAAGUCUUCGAUCUUUGCCCACGGGGCGUCGACGAGACCGCUCGUUUUGGCGAGAGAGUCCCCGGGAGGUGGGUGGCACGACGGCCGCGAGCUCGAAACGGUCCCCGAAGGAUCGGGGGCAACCGAGAUGGCGCCAGACGCAACAAAGGAAGAAAUGUCGGAUUUCCUCGGCGACAAUGAAUGCGGAGAAGAAACAUCCCCAGACGGGGCAGCGGGAGGGCCGAGAGCGGAGUCGGCCUACGGCGAUGACCGCGGCAACGCUGCAGGCGUUUCUCGUGGCGGAGCGACCGACCACCGGUUAUCGUCGUCUCCGCUACCCCCGCGGUCUCCGCGAAUCUACCACCCGAGCCCCAAGUCCGAGGGUAGCGAUGAUGACGACCCCGCCGGCGUGUCAAUAAAGUCCCCUUCUUCCGUGUCGGACGUGGGGUCAUCUGAUGAAUCGGGGUUCGAGUCAUCUUCCGCGUCCGGCCGACCUCUACCUGGUGAAAAUGGGACAAGUGCAAGAUCUCGUACGGUUGUCUUGGUCAAGGGGAAGGGGGCCGGGGGAAGGGUAAGCAGCAGGCGGGGCGGCAACGCCGCCAUGCGCAGCAGGAACAGGGCGGCGCUUGAACGACGUGCUGCCAGUUGCGGUGGCGGUGGUCGCCACGAGAUAUGCGCCAUCCUGGGCGGCGGAAACGACGGGGCCGGGUUCAGCGACGGCGGCGUCGUGGUCGGGCAUAACCAGGGCCUAACGGCCAAGCGACUCCGGGUCGUCGGACACCGAGCAUUCCUUCUCCGUGGAAAACGUCGGCAGCCUUCCGGCUGCGGGCACAGCUGCUGCUUCAACGUCAAUUGCUCAAGAGGGGAUGAGGGAGGGGAAGGAUGGAGAAGAAGGGCAGGAAGGCGAACAACCCUGUCUUUUCGAGAGCCUUAUCUCGGGGGAAGAAAUCAGCAUCGAGUUCGAGUCGGUAUUCCAGCGCACUGGGACCUGAGGCCGUUGAGCAACCAGCCCACCGCCGCGGAAGCGAGCGGGCGUGACGUCACUCCCUCGGCAAACCGUCGAACCUGGGGAAUAUACGACAACGAGAGCGACGACACCAACAGAAGCAGCGGCGGCGGGAGUGGGGCAGGAAGCUGGAUACGAUCGGUGUUUUCUUCUUCUCCUUCUGGUGGCAGAAGAGCGGGAGAAAAGCCUCCAGCUCACGUUUCCCCAAGGCCUAGAUCGAUCGACCCCGGUCCUCGCCGUGGCAAUCUUUCGGCGAAGUCGUCCUCGUCCGUGGAGGAAGAGAGAACGUUGUCGGGUCCUGCCGGUACCAUCCCCGACGGAGACGAUGAUGCCAACUGCCUGCAGGAUGUCACCGGUACCGCCAAGGAGGGAGGAACGACGCCAAUACCCCACGGGAGUGUCGAGGGGCGAUUGGCACCUCAGGUUCUAGCCUGCUACCCUCCAGAGGCGACCCUUCCUUUCAACGUGUCGGACUACUGCUUCCCGCAAGGCGUUCAAGCGACAAGGAUCGACGCACGGGCAUCCCAGAGCAGCCUCAACAAGGUGCUCUAUCAGCCGGGCGCCUGUCAGCGUGGGAGCCAGUCCUUCGUCUUCAUGUUCUCAGGGGACCACGGUUUCCGAGUCGCCGGGGAGGCCCGGAACCACAGGACGUACGGCGUGUGCGUCACCUACCCGAAGGUCAUGCCUUCCCGCGAGGUUAGCCGCAAUGGAUCCGAAUGCGGCAGGUCCCCACAGGGUGACGAUGACGAUGAGGAGGACAAGGAUGGUACGGUAUUGACGGUGGCGCCGUUAGCCGAAACGUCCGGUACGGCGCCUGGGACAGUGAAGAACGGGGGAGAUGAGAACGGCAGAGGGGCACGGGGGCAGUCGCCGCCUCGCACCAGGGGGGGGAGGAGGGGGAGGCGCGGUGGUGGAUACAAGGGAGGCGGCAGCAGCGGAGCAGACGUGCAGGUGUGGGGGUGCUACUGCUUGUUGAGCCGCCUGCCCCUCUUCGACCUCCACUUCCAAAUUCUCUGGGACCUCCUUGCAGCAGAAAGGAUCAUGCGUAUGAAGUUGACCGCAGAGCGGCGGGGUGGCCUUACCGCCUCCGAUGAGAUAGCCGAGGCCGCGCUGUUAUCUAAUCGGGUGGAGGAGUUGCUGCUUGCUGUCUCGAGAAGGUAUAUGCGACAGGCUGUGCCGGCUCCUGGAGAAACGGUACGCUUCCAAGUCCACCCCGACCUACCGGAGAUACACUACCAGCGAGGAGCCAUGGCGGAGUUCCACGGGGGGCAUCAGAUCAAGAACUCCGGGCCCAACAACAACAACGUGGGCUUUGCUAGCUACGACAGUUUCGCCAGCCUGAGGGGAGAUUGCAUUCCGCCGCACGUCAAGGACGGUCGCGAGAUGAUCGAUGGCGUCGCGGCAUGGGCGUUACCAGGCACGCUGUCCCUCAUUCCCGUCGACAUCCUUGUGGCGGUCGUGGGUGCUCUCAUGUGCGAGUAUCAGGUGAUCGUCGUGAGCGAGAAUUUGGGGCUCCUAUCCUCGGCCGUUCUCGCCCUCGCCGCGCUGACCCGGCCCCUCCUGUGGGUGCACCCGCUGGUGCCGGUGAUGCCGAUUGACAUGGCUGAGGUGCUUUCAGCCCCGGUGCCGUAUCUAAUUGGGACGCCUCGGCUGGUGGCAGGGGGGGGGGGCGGGGGACGCGUCCAUGGACCGCUAAGUCCAGGACAGGUUCUCCUCGACGCUGACGAAAGAAAGGUGGUUUUUGCUCAUGCCGAAGAUGCCUCGCGAACCGAGCUUCCAAGAUCUCGGGCCCUGCUAGCACGCCUAGCCCCCCUCGCGAAGGUUCUCGGCGAAAGCUGCGUGGGCGUAAAGAGAGAAACCCCGUUGCAUCUCGCCAGCGGAAGCCAGGCGGCAGCUUCCGAGGUGGUUCAGGCUACAGUGGCCGCGCACAUUUCCGCUGUCUGCACGACGGCGCUGAGACACCGGAAAGAGAUUAUUGCCCCCACGAUCACCCCUACGUCAAUGCUAGACGCGGAAGGGCUGACACCCACGUCUAGCUUCACCGAGUCCAUGUCCAGUGCAGACGCGACGGUCGACGGUGAUGAUGCCGGUCACGCUGGCGGCGAGGCCCUCGAGCGCGGUGGUGGUGUCGGUGGUCCACACGCUGGGAGCUGCGGCGGCGGUGACAGCAGUGCCGACAGCUGCGACCACAACGGUGUCGGUGGUGGCGACGUCGAGCCGGCGGCACAUGAUGACGCCGACGACGACUGGUGGGAAGAGGACGAAGAAGACAGUGAGGGCAAAGGCGGGUGCGAGAAGAAUAGCGGUCAAACUGAGACGGCCGCGUCUGCAACCCAUGGCGCGUGGUGGGGAACAGCUGGGAAAGGAGAAAAAUCACAAGGAGGAGGAGGAAGAGGAGGAGGAAGAGGAGGGAGAGGAGUUGGCAGCGGCACUAGCAGGUGGAUGCGUCGACGAGAGCGGGAGGCACCGUUCCUUCGCCUGCUUGUCCGGAGUCAGGCGUUUGAAGUAUUCCGUGCUGCGACCGCGGAGAAGCAAUGA